CUAAUAUUUUAUACAAAUUGACAUGGUACUUAUAAUUGUGUAUAAACGGCUUUAAAAAAUUCACCCGAAAAAGAUGUCACAUUUUGGACGUUUUACUGUAAAUUCCACAUGGUAAUUCCGAACUCUGGCGACUACAUCAACACAGGGUUUAAAGAUAAUGAAUUCUGGUGCUAUAUUCAGCUAAAGACAAUAAAGUUAAAACUAAUUAUUUCUAAAUUAUAUUACAUGAUUUUAUGAUAAUUUAUUAAGAAUAAUAUUCUUUGAAAAUGAAUAGUGACUAUACUAGUUCUGAAGAUGAGUCUGUAAUAGAAGCUUUAAAAGAAGCCACUGAUGAAAAUUUUUUAAAAGAAUCAUUUUUUCAUAAACCAUUUUCGAAAUGUGUGGAAAAAAAAGAGUCUUCAACAAAUACACGUGAACAAAAAACUAUUCCAUCCAAUUUGACAAAGAAGUCAGAGCUCAAUUUAUUUGGAGUCUCAGAUUUUUUCCAGGAACAUGUUGCUGGCAGGCUAAGCAAAUUAUUAGAGAAGAAUAUUCAAUUUAUUGACGAUUAUCAAAAUCUACACUUCACUACAAAAGGAGAAGAAUUAAAAUUAAAACUUGGAAUUAAAUUGUUAAGCCGGUUUGAUACAAUAACGCAAGACGAAGAAGUUAGUGGCGUUGAAAACAAAAGUUCUUUUGUGCAGAACAAACGUCCUAAAAAUGUAUUACAUAAAGAUGAUGCUGAAUUGUGCAAAAUAAAAAUUAAAGAAGCAGCUGUGUCCCCUGAAAGAAUUUUAUCAAAAUGUGAUACAAAGGCUUGGUUUAUUAAAAAACAUGAAGCCGAUUUUAAAUAUAAAAAAUUAUCAAAUGGAACUUUGGUUGAACAAUAAAGAUUUUUGAACUAAC